AUGGCAUCCAAUAUUCGCAAGAAAAUGCCAUCUGACUCGAUACUAUACAUUAAUGAUAUCAACAUCAAUACCUGUGAGAAGUUCAAGAACGAAUUUUCAUCCCUGGGCCAAAUCAAGAUUGUCCCAACGGCACGCGAGGCAGCUGAAGAAAGCAAGUACGUACUAUCAAUAGUACCUGGUGCAAAGGACGUGAAAAAUGUGUACCUUGAUGAGAAGGAUGGAAUUAUAAGCUCAAGAAUAGAUGAGGAAAGAUUGUUGUGUGAAUGCAGUACUAUUGAUGCCAAAAGUACGCGCGAAAUUGGAGAGAAAUUGAAGGAGAGGAUCCUGGGAACUUAUGUUGAUACGCCAGUUUCUGGCGGUGUACCAGCAGCAGAGCGUGGGGACUUAAGCAUGCUGAUCGGGCACCCCGCCCCUUCUCCGGAGAGCCCAAUCUCCAAGCGCUUGGAGAGUGUUCUCUCAAUGAUCGGCUCGCCAGCGAAGUUCUUCUAUCUAAACCAUUUAGGCGCAGGUCUGACGGCAAAAAUCUCGAACAACUACCUCAGUGGCACAAUCCUUCUGGCAACGGCUGAAGCCUUAGCCAUAGGCGUCGCCCAAGGUCUUGAUCCUAAAGACCUGUACUCGGUGAUCCGCGCCUCUACUGGACAGUCGUGGAUGUGUGAUCACGUUAUGCCAAUUCCGAAUGUGGCUGAUUUCUGGGUUCCGAGUAAUAGCGGUUAUAAACCAGGGUUCAAAACUCAGAUGAUGCUCAAAGAUCUGGGCCUGGGAAUCGAGGCUGGUAUUCAAGUUGGAGUGCGACCUACGAUGGCAGAGGCGGCAAUGCAAGUUUGGGAAAGUGCAAGCAAAGAUGAGCGAUGCUAUGAUAGAGACGGAAGUAGCGUAUAUCUUCACAUAGGAGGCAAUCUUCCAGCAGGGUACGAAGAUAAGGGUAAAAGGAUUAUUACUGGGGAAUGGACAUUCGAAUGA